AUGGAGCUGAGGCGGGAUGAGCCGUGCGCGGCAGAGGACCUGCUCAUGGCAGAGAGAUUUCAGAAGAAAGUGACUGGCUCCCCUGACACAAUACUUAAGAAUGGGUUGAACAACAGAUACUGUGUGUUGGAAGUCAGCGUAAUACAGAGAAAUGGAAGUGACCCUGAGAAACACUUGACAAUUACAGCGUCUCAGUCACUGGAAGAUACAGAACUGUGCAUUCUUAGGAAUGGCUGGGAGUCUGUUCCGGUUGUUCCAGGAGACAUCAUUCAUUUGGAAGGGGAGUGUAGCUCCGGUACCUGGAUAAUAAAUGAACAGUCUGGAUACCUGGUUCUUUACCCAGAUCUGCUGCUUUCUGGCACUACGGUGUCAAAUAGUAUUCGAUGCAUGAGACAAGCAGUGCUGAGUGAAAGGUUUAGGGGCUUCGAGUCUGGUUCACGCCAAACACUCAUUGGUACAAUUCUUCAUGAUAUUUUUCAACAAUCGGUAACAAAUAACUUGGCACAAGAAAAAGUUGAAGAACUAGCGAAUAAAAUUGUAUAUGGACAAAAUUAUCUCAAAGAAAUGUAUCACUUAAAUCUGAAACAAACAGAAAUCAUGCAGGCAGUGGAAGAAUAUUUGCCAUCAUUUUUUAAAUGGGCGGAAGACUUCAUGCACAAUCCAGCUAACCAAAAUAAAAUUCAACUAAAACUGUCAAGUGGUGAAAAAACAGAUUUAUCUUCUAAGAUAGAGAUUGUAGAUAUCGUAGACAUUGAAGAGAAUAUCUGGUCUCCCAGGUUUGGGUUGAAGGGAAAGAUUGAUGUUACAGCCAGGGUGAAAAUCCAUCGCCAGUCUGGAGUACAGUCUAGGAUAAUGCCGUUAGAGCUCAAGUCUGGCAAGGAAUCUAACUCCAUAGAGCACAGAAGUCAGGUUAUUCUGUAUACAUUGUUGAAUUUAGAACGGAGAGUAGAUCCUGAAGCUGGAUUUCUUAUUUAUCUUAAAACUGGUACUAUGUACCCUGUUUCUGGAGCUCGCAUGGACCGAAGAGAAUUAAUGAAGUUAAGAAACCAUCUGGCCUUCUACUUAACACACAGUACAUAUAAAUCUGCCGUGGGAAGGCAGCAAUCACAGCUUGCUGCUUUGCCUCCUGUAAUUGAUGACAGUCAAGCCUGUAAAUACUGCUCCCAAAUACACAAUUGCUCUCUAUACAGCAGAGCUGUAGAACAAAAGAUGGCCAGCGUGUCUUUUCCUCCUGCUUUGGUACCCAUUAUUGAAAGAGAGACCCAGCACCUGAAACCCUCCCAUUUAGAGUAUUUCAGCCUGUGGUAUCUAAUGUUAACCUUGGAGCUGCAAAGUGGAGAGGGUAAAAAGGGAUAUAAAAAUAUAUGGAUGAUACCUUCUUUGGAAAGAGAGAAGGCUGGAGAUUGUGUUGGAAACAUGAUCAGAAUUGAUCAAGUGCAGGAAAUUUCUGAGGGACAGUUUCUACAUUGUUUCCAACGUAAAAAUGGUGCCAUACCUAGAACAAACCUAUUGGUUGGUGAUAGAGUGGUUGUGAGUGGAGAAGAACAUGGUUUACUUGGUUUGGCUACUGGUUAUGUUAGAGAAGUCAGUGUGACAAAAGUCUCCUGUUUGUUGGGCAGGAAUUUGUCAAAGCUCCCCAAGAACACCAUAUUUAGGUUGGAUCAUGAAGAAGGAGAUUUUGGUAUGGGAGUCCCCUUUGAAAACCUUUCUAAAUUGAUGAAAGAUUCCCCAGUCAGUGAAAGGCUCCGCAACUUGAUAAUUGACUUCCACAAACCACGUUUUAUUCAGCAUUUGAGCUCUGUCCUUCCUCCAGAAGCAAAGGAAACUGUUGCAAAUAUUUUAAAGGGUCUGAAUAAGCCUCAGAAACAGGCAAUGAAACAAGUACUACUUUCAAAAGAUUACACACUUAUUGUCGGUAUGCCUGGAACAGGAAAAACUACUACAAUCUGCGCUCUAGUGAGAAUUCUUUCUGCUUGUGGCUUCAGUGUUCUUCUGACUAGUUUUACACACACUGCUGUAGACAAUAUCCUGCUAAAGCUAGCCAAAUUCAAAGUUGGUUUCUUGCGCUUGGGGCGAGCUCAGAAAGUUCAUCCAGAUAUACGGAAAUUUACAGAAGAAGAAAUUUGCAGGUCCAAAUCAAUUAAAUCUGUAAUGGAUUUGGAAGAGGUCUAUAACAGUCAGCCAGUGGUAGCAACGUCUUGCAUGGGAGUAAAUCACCCCAUCUUUGUUCGGAAGCAAUUUGAUUUCUGUAUAGUUGAUGAAGCUUCCCAAAUAAGCCAGCUCAUCUGUCUGGGCCCGUUAUUCUGCUCCAAAAGGUUUGUGCUGGUAGGGGAUCAUCAGCAGCUGCCUCCACUUGUACUGAAUGCAGAAGCAAGAGAUCUUGGCAUGAGUGAAAGCUUAUUUAAAAGGCUGGAACAAAACCAAAAUGCUGUUGUCCAAUUAACUGUGCAAUACAGAAUGAAUAGUAAAAUUAUGUCACUGAGUAACAUGUUAGUGUAUGAAGGCAAACUGGAAUGUGGCUCAGAGAAGGUGUCAAAUGCCACUGUUAACUUGCCCAACCUAAAAAAAAUGAAACUGGAGUUUGCAGAUGCUUCAAAAACAUGGUUGAAAGAAGUACUUGAUCCAGACAUACCUGUGUGUUUUCUGAACACAGAGAAGGUCCCAGCACCAGAACAUGCAGAAAAAGGUGGUGUAAGUAAUGUGACAGAAGCUAAACUAGUACUCUUCCUCACAUCCUUAUUUAUUAAGGCCGGCUGUAAGCCUUCAGACAUCGGCAUUAUAUCACCAUACAGACAUCAAUUAAAAACAAUCACUGAUUUGAUGGCAAAAUUGAAGGAGAACAGAGUGGAAGUCAACACAGUAGAUAAAUACCAAGGAAGAGACAAAAGUAUCAUAAUUGUAUCUUUUGUUAGGAACGGUAAUGAUGAAAAUCUUGGCGCCCUCCUGAAGGACUGGCGACGUCUUAAUGUUGCUAUCACAAGAGCCAAGCACAAACUAAUCAUGGUGGGCUGUGUUCCAUCCCUGUGUCGCUAUCCUCCUUUAGAGAAGCUCCUCUGCCAUUUGCAGUCUGAGGCAAUGAUCUUCAAUCUUCCAGCAGGGGCUCAUGAAAGUAUCCACAAGUGUUACAUUUUAUGA